AUGCAGCCUCCUCUCUUUGUGGAUGUGAACACUGAGCUCUGGAGAGUGACAGAAUGGCCUUUAAUGGAUGUGAAAUUUGCUGUAAUCUUCCUAUUGCAGAUUAUCCUUGGAACUGGGAACUUCUUGCUUUUUUGUCAUUGUUCAUCAUCUCUUGGCUUAAGGGGAUACAGGUCAAAGUCCACAGAUUCGCUUUUUUUUUUUUUUUUUAGGCACUUGACUUUAACUAACUCCUUGGUCAUUCUCUACAGAGGAAUCCCAGUGGAGGCUUUUGAUUUGAGUUAUUUUCCCAGUGACCUCGGAUGCAAAGUUGUUUUCUUAGUCCACAGAGUGUCCAGGGGGUUGUCUAUGGGCACCAUGUGCCUCCUGAAUGUCUUCCACGCCAUCACCAUCAGCCCCUGGAACUCCUGGUGGGCAGCGCUUAAAGGGAAAGCUCCCCAGUACAUUGGCCCCUCAAAUAUCCUUUGCUGGAUCCUGAAUAUAAACCUAAAUAUUAUGGUUGCUGUGUACGUCACUGACAAAUGGAACAACAAAAACACUUCAGAAAAUAUGGAGUUUGGAUACUGGGCUUCUGCACUUCACAACAAAGACACAGAUUUACUAUAUACGGUAUCGAUACCCUCCCAUGAUAUUUUGUGCUUGGGACUCAUAACUUGGGCCAGUGGGUUCAUGGUUUCCACCCUAAGGCAUAAGCAGCAGGUCCAACACAUUUAUAGGACCAAAGUUUCCCCCAGAUCCUCCCCUGAGAUUAGAGCCACCCAAAGCAUCCUUCUGUUGGGGAGCAUCUUUGAAUCUUUUUAUACCCUCUCUUCCAUCAAUUACAUGUAUUUUUCUAUUUUUUGCAAGACCAAUUGGUGGCUGAUGAAUACUUCUGCCCUAAUCAAUGCAUGUUUUCCAACUGUCUGCCCCUUUGUUCUUUGAGUCACGACCACUGUAUCCAGACUCUUUUCUGUGUGCCGGAGAAGAGAUACACAAUUCCCUCAUCUCAUCAGAAAAAUUUAA